AGCAUAGGAUACUGGAUCCGGAUCAUCCAGAUCAAGUGGAUCAGAACAGCUUUCACUAGAAUGUGUUUGUUGUUCUGGUCUAUCUGCUGUUUGAGUCCAAACCUUUGGUUCUGAUGGGUUCUGCAGGAGAGUUCUUUGGAGAAUUCCAGUUACACGUAAACAUGUUUACAUCGGGGGAGAACGCUGACGUCAUCAGGGUAGAAAAACCACGUUGAUCCUGUUGUUCCUCCAGUGGAUCUGCAGGAUCAGAUUUGAUAGAAACUCACCAUAAAUGAGGAUUCUGGUUCUGACAUUCAGUUCUGUUCCAGUUUGGAUCUUUAUUUGAAUAAAAAAACAAAACAGCUUACUAAACUAUGAGGUCAGAGGUCAUCAGGUUCUAGUGAUGGUCCCGCAGAGCUCCGGUUCUGGUUCUGGAUGUGAGUCUGCUGACGACACGUUAGACUCACCUGGUUCACCUGCAACACCUGAGUCUACGAGCAACCUGAGGGCGCUGCGGCCAGGUGGCGUUCAUGGCUGUGUGAUGACGACCUCGGAAUGACAUGGAUGAAGCUUUUGGAUCAGUCACACAGCGCGUCCUGGCCGCUGCAGUGGCGUCUCAGUGCUGGCAGGGGGCGACCUUCUCCCAGGCGGUGGUGUCCCCGGCGGGGGAGAGCAGCGGCAUCAUGCGGGUUCCCGGCGCGGCGUCUCUGCAGCGCUGUGUGGGGGCGGGCUGCGACCUCCCCGGCUACGACCUGGCCUGGCUCUUCAAGGGCCGCUGCUACGUCCUCAGCUGCCAGCAGAGGGAGAACUGCCGGCCCCGGGAGAGGCCGGGGGCCGACUCGGUGCUGGCCUUCCUGAGGAGGGGGUCCUCUCCGUCUCUGGGAAGAGGCUCGCCGUUCAGCAGCCGGCGGAGGCCCCUCCUCCCAUCCUCUGAGGACGGGGGAGACCUGGAGGCUCUGGAGGACCUCCCCCUGUUUGAGGGGCCGCGGGGGGCCCUCCCUCUGUUUGACGGGACACGGGGGGCCCUCCCCCUGUUUGAGGGGACGCGGGGGUCCCUCCUGGAUCCCAGAGUCCUGGAUGUGGAGUACUCAGAGGAGAGCCAGGAGGAACCGGACGGGAUCGGUCCAGAAAUGAGCCCCCUCCCCACCAGAGACUGGUUCAACCAAUCAGAGACUGAGUCUGACAGCCAUCCAACACAGACCAGAGCGUCCCAGACCGGAUCAGAGGACAGAACCGGAACCGAGCCGGCAGAGAUACGGACAGAACCUGACAGUAGGACCACACCUGUGACUGACUCCACCCACCACCUGAAUGCCUCCGCACCCCGCCCGCCCCCUCGUCACGACUCCAUCAGCACAGAUCAGCCCGGUCCAAACGGGUUAGUGGGAAGCCCGGUAGAACCGCCUCUCCCCAGCAGCACCGCCGGCACCAUGCGGCCAACAACAGGUGCAUCUAGACUUCUCCAGGCUCCGCCCACCCACAUUCAGAAAGUCCCUCCUGCCCCCACCCCCUCCUUUCCAGCUGACCAUCCAGAAACCUCGGCCACGCCCCCUUCUGCAGCCCCAUCCCGCUCAGACGGGUCGGACCGCGGCCCGGUGGCUGUGGUGGGUCCAGACCGGAGGCUGGUUCUGCCCCAGAGCAGCGUGUUGCUGGACGGUAGUGGCAGCACCGGCGCCAGCAGCUUCCGCUGGGAGGCGGUCAGCGGUCCUCCCGGGUUCCUGCUGCAGAACGUGGACCGGGCCAUCGCCACGGUGACCGGCGUCCAGGCAGGACGCUACACCUUCCGGCUGACUGUGUCUGACCAGGAGGGGGCGACAGACAGCGCCCCCCUCACUCUCAGGGUUCAGGAAGCCUCCAGUCCUCCUCCGGUGGCCCACGCCAGCGGAAGCCACACCCUCACGCUGCCCAACAACUCCCUGGUCCUCAGAGGCUCCGUGAGCAACGGAGACCAGAGCCGGGUCCACUUCCUGUGGACCAGAGACCCUCAGAGUCCUGCAGCAGGGGUGGUCCUGUUCGGCUCCCAGACUCAGCCGGCGCUCUUCCUGGCCGACCUGGUGGAGGGAACCUACCUGUUCCAGUUGAAGGUGACCGACGCCCAGGGCCGGUCCAGCGUCGCCACGGCGACCGUGGAGGUCCAGCCAGAGCCAGCAGGGGGCGAGCAGGUGGAGCUGGAGAUGCUGGUGGGCGUGUCUCAGGUCAGCGUUCUCCAGCUGGACACUGUGGUCCAGCAGCUCGCCGCUCUUAUCCACGUCCUGAACAGUGACGUGCACGUGCGUGCGCUGGAGGGCCGCUCGCAGCUCAGCACGGUGCUCCGCUUCAGUGUGGGCGGUCCUUCAGGACCUAUCCCCGCCCCCCGCCUGGUGGCUCUGCUGAGGACACACCUCCUCCGGGAGCGCAGCGGCUACCUGCUGUUCAGGGCGCUGCGGGUUGACGCCGUUGUGUGUUCUCUCAGCUGUUCGGGGCGGGGCCAGUGUGAUCCAAUCACCAAGCAGUGCGCCUGCGACCCCUUCUGGACAGACAACUUGGUCCGCCAUUACCUCGGCGACGGCGAGAGCAACUGUGAGUGGAGGGUCCUGUACGUCAUCCUGACCAGCUUCAUCCUCGUCAUCUUCAUCCUAAGUCUGGGCUGGACCUUCAUGUGCUGCAGGAGGAGGCGGAGCCAAUCCAGAAAAAGAGCCAAGUACGCCGUCCUAAACAACAUGGAUGAGCAGGAGCGACUGGAGCUCCGUCCCCGGUUCAGCGUCAAACACCGCAGCACGGAGCACAACUCCAGCCUCAUGAUGUCCGAGUCGGAGCUGGACAGCGACCAGGACGCCGCCUUCAGCAGGGGGCGGCGGCUCCGCAGCAGGAACCGCACCGCCGCCUGCAGCCGCGAGGCCUUCGGGUGACGGGACGCCAUCUGCUUGCUAAGCGCCACGCUCCUCCGUCUGCUGCAGGCCACAGGGGGCGCUGCAGAGGAGGGUUUGGACGAAACCAGAGACGCUGAAGCCGCAGAGACGAUUAGUGUUUUUAUUCAAGCAUGAACAGAUCCAAACGUGGACAGCAGGAGGAACUACGUCAGAAAACAGAGGGUCAACAGACUCCGCCUCCACACCAACAGAGACCUACAGGACGCUCCAGACACAUUCUACAUUUCAGUAGACAUUAAAAGACAUUUAAAAAGG